UUAUUUUAUUAUUAUAUAUAUAUUUAUUUAUUUAUUUAUGAAGAAUAUAGUUCACACAAUAUCAUUGUCGUCCAUCUGCCUCGAGAUCGGUGAUCAGUUCUGGCGGCAUUUAUCAAUGGAAAGGCGGGUAGAGAUGAUUGGCAACCGUGGCUUUGGGGUUGAAAUCGAGAGAUGAGAUUUCGCUCCGUGUUCAGGGCGUCGAAGGUCGGGAUCCAACGCCAUUCGCAGCUGCAGCGCCUUCAGCGUUCCCACUCUCAGCAUCAAUCUCAAUCCGCGAGACCUUCGUUUGGUAUUGCGUUCGAUAUUGAUGGUGUGAUUCUUCGUGGCCAUGAUCCCAUCGGAGGGUCUCCUCAGGCCUUGCGAAGACUCUACAACGAUGAUGGCACCUUGAAGAUCCCCUAUUUGUUCUUGACCAAUGGAGGUGGUGUUCCGGAAUCUGCACGGGCUGUUGAGUUAAGUGGAUUAUUGGGAGUUAAAAUUUUAGCUCAGCAGAUUCUGCAGGGGCAUUCGCCUUUUAGACGUCUUGUGCAAAGAUUUGAAAAUGAUCUAAUUGUUGCUGCUGGUAAAGGAGAGCCUGCUCAAGUGAUGUCAGAAUAUGGUUUUAAAAAAGUUCUUUCCAUAGAUGAGUAUGCUUCUUACUUUGAUGACAUUGAUCCCUUAUCUUCAUACAAGGCUUGGAAAGUUGAGCAAGCUUACAGAAUAGAUGAGGACUCUAAGAAAUCACAGCCAAGAUAUGAUGUGCACUCAGAAAUAGUGAAAGGAGUGUUCGUUGUUAGUGAUCCUGUUGACUGGGGAAGGGAUAUUCAGGUGCUCUGUGAUAUUUUGGGAUUUGGUGGCCUGCCCGUGAAAGGAAGAGGUCAUCAACAACCACCUUUAUUCUUUGCAUCUGAUGAUCUUGAAUACCAGGCUAAGUUUCCUUCUGAGCGUCUUGGAAUGGGUGCUUUCAGGAUUGCGUUAGAGUCUGUUUUCAAUAGAACUCAUGAUGAUCCUCUAGAAUAUACAUCCUUCGGGAAACCGAACCCAUUUGUAUUUGAAAAUGCAGAGGCAACUCUCAAACAAUUUCUGUUGAAUAUUCACCACAACCAGCUUACUACUAAUGAAGCGCAAGCACACUCAUUCAGUAAAAUUUAUAUGAUUGGUGAUAACCCUUCAGUAGACAUCAAAGGUGCCAGAGAGGCAGGACAUCCUUGGUUUUCCGUUCUUACAAAGACUGGAGUUUUCAAGGGUGGUGAAGAUAACCAUCCAGACCACCCUGCUGAUCUGGUUGUUGACACUGUUGAGGAAGCUGUUGAUUAUAUUUUGAGAAGAGAGUGUUGAAGGCUCUUCCUGCUAUUGAGGUUUUUUUUUUGUUUUGGUAACAACCCGAAAAGAUUAAUAAAUUGCAUCUUGUUUAGAUGAAUGAUGCAAACUGAAACAAUUUUCCAAAGGACAACUGGUUACAUAUUUUUUCAGAAUUC